UGUACGCCAAUCAUCGAGUCGAAACAUCUUUUUUUUUCCCUCAAGUCAGUAUGGAUGCAAAAAAAAAAAAAACUGACAUUAGGCGUUGAAAUUCACAUAGGAACCCUAAAACUUUUUUAAGACCCUGAAUUAACCAGCUAUCUAAAGUUUGUAGAGGCAGUUGCUUUGUGGACAAUCCAGGGAGUGCUGUGAAGCCAGUCCCUUGGCUUAAGCUUAAACAAGAAAGGGAGCUCGGUUGGCUCCAGUGGGAGUGUAUUCUGUAAGUUCUCUUUCCCCUCCCCUCUCUGGAACACUGAAGGCUGGACCUGGAAGCUCUGUAGUUCAAGUUAAUAUUGUGGCCAAGUUCCGUGUAGGUUGUUUUUCUGCUUGGAGUCCCAGUUUCUUCAUCAAUUGAGGUUGGCUUUUGUUAGAGUACUUCUCCACAUUGAACUACGCUAUAUCGAAUAAUACCGGAUCUGAAAGGACUGGAGGAUGGUAAAGUUGGAAGUUUGAAGUCAAAGGGAUUGAACAGGUAUUUUGUUUUGGUUAGAUACAGUCUCAGUGAGUGGGUUAGAAAAAUAACGCAUUGAGUUGCCUUCGGAUAGGGCUCUUUAUCUUGUAAGAAAAUACAGUCUGAAACAGUAUCUUUGAGGUGGACUGAUAAUCUGGUAACUUUACGUGGGCCUAUGCCUUCAUCUGUGGCAGUACCGAAGUUUGUCGCGGGCCUCACUGUUCAACGGGCGGUUCUAGUGUAGUCAUUGUGCAGGCGAGUUUCUGAGCAAUUGUGAUGCGUUUGAAAGACGUUAGUUGUGAAAAGAUGAGUUGUUUUGGGAACUGGGUGUUGCUUAGUCCAAAUGAGCAUCAUACAUAGUCUUUAUUGAUGGAGUCUCUAAGUUGGUGGUAGUGAAGGUAUAGUAGAUAAGCAAAUGUUAAAGUGAGUUCAAAGUGGACAGCAUGGUCAAAAAUUGCUGCCGUUUUUUUAUGCAUAUAUAGCUUGUUUUGUUCUUUUCUUCAUACUUUUUCAGCCCUAUCUUUUCUCAUCUAGUUCUUUUGAAAACGUUUUUAGUUCAUAAAGAAAGUAAGAGAAAUGGGGGACUUUUGAACUGGUGUUUAGUAUCUUCUGAGCUUAUAUUUGUAUUUAGAUACGUGGCUGAUUCUUUUUUCAGGGUGUUCUUAAAUGAAACACUGAAAAUACAGAAUUUUUAUCUUUAGUCAAAGGGCUCUGCUUUAAAAGGACAUUUUCUAGUAUAUGAGUCAUUGAGCCAACUAUAAUCACAUCUUGGCGUUUUCCUAUGGGACUUAACUUUCCUCCCUUGGUGUCAGAAUAGGAUCGUUUUAACUAUGAAACUUCAGAAUUAAAAAUAAUCUAAUCUGACUGACUUGUGUUGGAUGUAACUGCAUUUUUGGCCAUCAUUAAAGAGAAAUUGAUUUUGUUUCAAUGUUAUGAGUUCGAUUAUAGCAUGAAAUUCUUAAAGAAGUUAAUUGCAUGGAAGCCCCCCCUUUUAAAAGCAGGAUAUAAGUGUUUCUAUGCAUAUUACAAGUUUACUCAGACAUGUAACUUGUAUAUGUUAUUAACUUCAACUCUUUUUUCCCUUGCAACCGACUAUACAGCGACCAGCUACAUUUACCAAAGCCUGGGUGAUGUGGAGUGGUACAUAGAGAUGAAGCUGUCGUCAUGGCAACAGACUCCAAGCCCUCUGAUCCUUGAUCAGAACUACAUUAACACCAAAAAUCAAGUUAUCAAGGCAGAAAGGAGGGUGCUAAAGGAGUUGGGAUUUUGUGUUCAUGUCAAGCAUCCCCAUAAGAUCAUUGUAAUGUAUUUACAAGUCUUAGAAUGUGAACGUAACCAAACCCUGGUUCAAACUGCCUGGAAUUACAUGAAUGACAGUCUUCGAACCAAUGUUUUUGUUCGCUUUCAACCAGAGACGAUAGCAUGUGCUUGUAUCUACCUUGCAGCUAGAGCACUUCAGAUUCCAUUGCCAACUCGGCCCCAUUGGUUUCUUCUUUUUGGUACCACAGAAGAGGAGAUCCAAGAAAUCUGCAUAGAGACACUUAGACUUUACACCAGGAAAAAGCCAAACUAUGAAUUGUUGGAAAAAGAAGUAGAAAAAAGAAAAGUAGCAUUACAGGAAGCCAAAUUAAAAGCAAAGGGAUUGAAUCCUGAUGGAACGCCAGCCCUUUCAACGCUCGGUGGAUUUUCUCCAGCCUCUAAACCAUCAUCACCGAGAGAAGUAAAAGCUGAAGAGAAGUCACCAAUCUCCAUUAAUGUGAAGACAGUCAAAAAAGAACCUGAGGACAGACAACAGGCUUCCAAAAGCCCGUAUAAUGGUGUAAGAAAAGACAGCAAGAGAAGCAGAAACAGCAGAAGUGCUAGUAGAUCAAGGUCACGAACCAGAUCGCGGUCUAGAUCACACACCCCAAGAAGACAUUAUAAUAAUAGGCGAAGUCGAUCUGGAACAUACAGCUCAAGGUCAAGGAGCAGGUCCCGCAGUCACAGUGACAGCCCUCGAAGACAUCACAACCAUGGUUCUCCUCACCUGAAGGCCAAACAUAGCAGAGAAGACUUAAAAAGCUCAAAUAGACAUGGCCAUAAAAGGAAAAAAUCACGGUCUCGAUCUCAGAGCAAAUCUCGGGAUCACUCAGAUGUUACUAAGAAACACAGGCAUGAAAGGGGACAUCACAGAGAUAGGCGUGAAAGAUCUCGCUCCUUUGAGAGAUCCCAUAAAGGCAAACACCACGGCAGCAGUCGCUCAGGACACAGCAGGCAUAGGCGUUGACUUUCUUCCUCUGACAUUGCAUCGGUUCCUGGUUUUGCCUGUAUGCAGUGUGAUGUAUGGACUCAAUCAGAACAUAAAGUGAUUAGGAAUUGAUUUAUUAAAAUUGUCUAGGUCUCUAGAAACACUGAGGACAUUUUCUUUGGAAAAGAACUAUGUUAAGGUUUUUUGCACAUUAAAAUGCCCUAGCAGUAUCUCAUUGAAAACCAUGGUCAGGUUCAAUUGUACUUUAUUAUAGUUGUGUAUUGUUUAUUGCUAUAAAAACUGGAGUGUGAAUUCUGUAAAAAUGUAUCUUAUUUUUAUACAGAUAAAACUUGCAGACACUGUUCUAUUUAAGUGGUUAUUUGUUUAAAUGAUGGUGAAUACUUUCUUAACACUGGUUUGUCUGCAUGUGUAAAGAUUUUUACAAGGAAAUAAAAUACAAAUCUUGUUUUUCUAAA